CUAUUGAAAUUUGAAAAACAAAGAAUAUGCAUAUAUGUUCUGUGUUAUCGCAAUUAGUCGCCAUGUCGAAGAAAUAUCUACCAUAAGAAGGAUAAUGAACUCAAGUCCAUGUAAUACCAAAUAUGACUCACUUCGAAAACGUACUACUGCAAAGUAUCGAUACAGUAUGACACAGUUUUUAUAACUACAAAACAACAUUGCAAAAUGAUACAUUGUAUAAUUUGGCGUUAUAGAAUACUUACUGCAAUGCUUACAUUCCCAAUUAGCUGUUUUGGUUUUGCGAGCGUAUGACGAUAAAAAAGUUGCAGACGAUAGUCUAACUAAAUACUUCAAUCUUCUCCUUGAUUCUAUAAAAUUUUCAUCAUAUUUUGCACAAUUUUUCGUAAUUUGGUUAUUUAUGGUUACCUAGGAAAAUUUCUAGUCUCAACACUAAACUUUUCUAAGAUUCACUUUGCAGAAUAGUCAUGGGUUUGAUAAAAUCUAUCACUAUUCGCUGUAUUUGAGGAUCAUUAAGUAUUUCACCUUUCAACUGUUCCGUACUAAGCUUCGAAAACUCUCUACAAAUGUUAUUAAAACACUUCCAAAAUUAUGUUCUCGUAAAGCUGUGUAAUCUCAAUAGUCAAUAGUUUUAGGUGAUAGAAAUAGGUUACUGAUGAAUACAUAUCAAUACUCUAAAAUUAUCUUUUAUAUGUUGGCGAUAACACACAAAACUAAUUGUAAUUUGAUAUUUGUUUAUUUAUAGUUUAAAAAUGUAGACAUGGUUGUAGUCCGAUUUCAACAAUUUUCAAUGUUAAGUACUAAUAUAAGUAAAUAUGUAAAAUUUGGUAGAAAUCGGUCAAGUAGUACUUGAGAUAUAGAAUUUCACCUAAAGGUAGGCAAUGUCACGCCUAUUGUCCAAUUUUUACACCGAUUCUUCUAACGUAUUUAUAUAGUGAUUUAUCACACCUUUUGUAGUUUUCAACAACAAACGCUUAUAUGGGGAGAAAGUGUGGUAACCUACCGAUUUUAUCUAUUUCCGCACUGUAUUUUAAUUUAAUUUGUGAAUUAGUUAUAGUACUUUUUUUAGACGAGUACAUGUACCGCCACUGGGAAUUCAACUCGUCUCGUCACCCUUAUCAUGUAUAUAUAAGUAUAUAACUCUAUCUCGAUUGAUUUUAGGCAUAACAAAGUAUCGUUAAGUGAACGAAACUAUUAUCCUCUGAGGGAAUAUAAAAAUGGAGUUAGAUAUUAGUGUAAAGUUAUCGCUGUUUGAAGCAUAGACCAGUUUUUAGAUGAUUGCCCUGUAUUAUACAUACACAUGUAAAAACACACUCAACAUUGAAAAACGUUAGUUUGCAACUCAGUUGCGCUUAUUUGUCUUUAUGGUAGGUAUGUAGAUGUGCUAAUUUGCAGUGAAAAUCCACGAAACGAAGAGGUGAAACUAUUUGUUAUUUGCGUUUAAAGGCGCACAUAUUACAUUUGAUAGUAACGGUACGUUUAAACCGCUCACAUAAACAUAAUAUGUACAUACCUGUAUAUGUUUGUACAUAUGUAUAUGUAUGUGCUUACAGAAGUAAGUUUAUAUAAAUUGAAUGUACAUACAUAUGUAUGUGCCUAUACAUUCAUAUACAUAUCAAAUCGCUUUAAUCCGAAUUUUUAGAAACCAGAUACAGUUACAGCACCCCUCCGAUUAGUGGAGCUUAUAUGGCUCAAGAAGUCGAGACCAUGUCGGCAUGAGUUGUUUUCAUUCAAAAAAAUGUUACAUGGACCACGUUUGCGACAUUUUUAAUUGACCACAAUCGCACGAAAAUUUGAUUAGUUACUGUUCCAUUCAAACAUGCACGUGUGCUUAUGGGUACAUGUGCAAGUGUGCUUAUAUCAUUCGAAAAAUACACUUUUAAGCGGCCGGCACAACUCCGUACGCACGUAUGUACAUAAAUAUGUAAGUCGGUCUGCUACGUUAAAUGUGGAUACUCGACGUUGAAUUUCAUUUGAAGCCAAAUUUAAACUUCAGUCGUUGUUAAGAUGUUGACGCCGUCGCACAUAGUGUCGCGGAAAUAAAUAUUUAAAAGUGCCGUCCCAUUUCAAGCAUACAUAUGUAUAUAAGUUCGAUAACAUUGAAGAGAAAUUUACUAUUAGAUACAACCAUACUAAACAGCACAUUUUUGCAAUCUUGAAUAUUGCCAAUAUCAACCCACGUAACAUAAAACGAUUUAUAGUUUGAGGUGUCUUUAAGUGCAAACAAAAGAUUUUCUCUCCUUACCUAUUUUUAAAAAUCUUCAUUGAUUUUUCGAAAAUUUACCCCGAAAACCGGUGUUGCAAUUUUAAAUUAAUAGAAUACAAAACUAAAGCGGCUAAUUAAAGGAAAGAAGCAUUGAAAUGUUUGGCGCUAGCUCCACACCUCAGCAGCGGCUUCUUCACAUGGAUAACCCUCUCUACGCAAUCCUGCAAUUCAUCUGGGAUUUACUCGUGUUUCUCGUAAAAACCAUCUUUUUUACCACACAAACCAUAUAUUAUUCACUACUUCCAAAUUAUUUGAGGAAAAUGAAGAAUGUUUCAGGACAAGUAGUACUGAUCACCGGCGGUGGAGGAGGAGUAGGACGCUUGUUGUCCCUGAACUUUGCCAAACAAAAUGCUCGUGUGGUCAUAUGGGACAUCAACCAAGAAGCUAUCAAAACUACCAUAGAUUUGCUCGCCCGAAAUGGGUAUACUUGUAAAGGAUAUGUAGUUGAUAUAUCUGACCGUGAUCAAGUGUAUGAGCGAGCGGCACAAACUAUUAACGAAAUAGGUAAUAUCGAUAUACUAUGCAAUAAUGCUGGUGUCGUUUGCUGCCGCCCAUUCUGGGAUUUACCUGAUCGUGUUAUACAGAAUACAUAUAACAUUAACAUAAUUUCCCACUAUUGGACAGUGAAAGCAUUUCUUCCGCAAAUGAUGCAAAAUAACAGGGGUCACAUUGUGACUGUGGGUUCAGUGACUGGCAUGUUAGGCACUUACGGUUGUAGUGAUUAUAGUGCAACAAAAUUUGCCUGCGUUGGGUUUCAUGAAAGCCUAUUAACCGAUUUAAAAACACACGGAUAUGAUGGCAUACACAUGACAUUGAUUUGUCCUUAUUAUAUCAACACCGGUAUGUUCUCAGGCGUACGACCACGAAUGUUUCCAAUGUUGCAUCCACAGUAUGUUGCUGACCGCAUACUUGAAGCUAUCCGAAAGAACGAAGUAUGGUGUGUGCUACCUCAUACUAUACGGGUACUUACUCCACUCAAAUGUCUAUUGCCUGCGAAAGUGUGCUGGGAACUAAUGUCUAGAGUUAUCCGUGGACCAGAAUCAAUGAUGAUGUUUCAAGGGCGGGGCAGAGUUCCCGCAGGUUAAGAUAAUGGCGGAAUAAAUCGAUUUAUGUUGUAAAUUAAAUUAAAAUCAACAUUUUAAAAA